CCGUGCUUACUAAUAAAGUCGAACGUUUAUUUUAUAAGCUAAUGGUAGUGAUUAUUUAGAAUAAAUUGGAAUUAAUCAAAGCAAUAAACAAGUACAAUUUUACAAAUACGAAAGAUACAAUUUGCGAUGUAUAAUGUAUAACAUAUAUGAAGUUCGAACGUUAAAUGGCGGGAAUAUUUUCGAGUUGCUUUCCGUUCCAGCAAAUUUAUUUUUUAUUUUUACUUAAAUAUUAUUUCAUAAUUAUACAAAAUUAAUUUCAAUUAAAUCAUGAAGUGCGUGAUACCUGGGGGAAAUGUGAAAAGUAUAUUUAUAAUGAAUAUUUUAUCUAGUUGUAGCAAAAGCUAUCCAUGCACUAGCAAAGAUUGGAGAUGAAAUGUAUGUACAACCGCAAUCAAAUAAUUUAUCCUUUCGUGCAGUUAACAUGGCCAAUUCUGCUUAUGCUGACUUUACAUUUUAUGAAAAUUAUUUCUCCUAUUACGAUUUUGAUGAUCUUGAAGAAGACGAAGCUCUGAAAUGUAAAAUUUCUAUGAGGAGUGCUAUGACUGUUUUCAAAACUCUAAAUGUUAUAGAUAAACAAGUAGAAACUUGUCAUAUCGAGUUAAAGCCAAAUGCAGAUUUUCUUUUUAUUACCUUAAAUUAUAAAAAUAGCAUCAGAAAAAAACACAUUUUACCUAUCAUAGAUUGUGAGAAAUUGCAAGCUAAAUAUGUCAAAGACGGUGCCACUAACCAAUUAUCCGCACAAUCUAUUGUACUUGCAGAUGCUAUACAAAAUUUCCAACAAAAUUUAAUUGAAAUAACUCUUGAGAUACUUCAGCAAAAAGUUUUGCUUAGAAAUUAUAUAGAUGAUACAUCUAACAUAGCUAACACAACAAGGACACAGUUGGUAUUAUUUAGAGGUGAAUUUGAUAAAUAUUCAGUUAACACAGAGACUGUUAUUACAUUUUGUAUGAAAGAAUUAAGAGCAAUUCUUAAUUUUGCUGAAUUUGUUAAAUUACCAAUUAAUAUAUAUUUAGAAACUGCAGGAAGACCUGCUGUGUUCGUGAUAAAAAAUUCAACCUUUGAAGCAAAUUUGGUAUUGUCUACUUUAAAUCCUGAUGUAGAUAGCCAAUCCGAAACAACUGUUACUGAUAAAGCAGCCAAAUCUAUACAAAAAAAGGCUACAGUUAAAAGGUCGACAAAACGAUCAAAUAAAUCUUCAAGUAGAAAAAAUAAUACAUCUAUUUCUAAUAAAACUAUUAGUUAUGCUUUAUCACAGCAAAAAGAAACAAGUUGCAUAGAAAUAGAACGGGAAGCAAGAGAAAAUGAUAUCCAUGCAUUUCCAAAAGAAUAUAAUCAAAAUGAAAUUCCAGCAAAUGUGAGUGUAUCAGCUAUGAGAAAUAUGUUCUCAAAACCAAGCGUAUCAAGCGAUCAAAAGAAGUCAGUAUGUAGCGUAUUUUCAAACAUAUUGAAAAGAAAGUCUAGCGAAGGUGGUACAAUAGAUUUGGACAAUGUCGUUAAAAAAAAUGAUGACAAUGACUUUGAAAAUAUUGUUCCUAGAUCACCAUCUCCUCCAUCUAAAAAAGCACGCUUUAUCUUUAAAAAAUGUUUUCAAACAACAUUUGAUUUAAGUAUGCUUCCUGGUCAUGAUGUAAUCUUAGUUGAAGAUUCAGAUGAAAAUAGUGAAUAAAUCUAUUAUUUAUUUAAAAUAUUUACGUAAACUUAUUCAAAAAUUUGAUUAAAAAUGAUUACUUCAUUAUUGAUAUAAUUAAAUUUUUUCAAUAACUUCUUAAUUUCACUGAACACUACGAAAUGUUAACUAAUCAUUUUUUGUAUGUCAUCAUGCAAUAGCAAUAGUAAUAGUUUAUUAAAUUCAACUUACU